AAUCCAAACAGCUGGGAGCGCAUCACGUGGUGUGACGGGGGCCCCGGCCCCGAGCCAUGGAGGCGAUCGGCACCGACGAGGAGGACGCUGGCGGCGCUGGGCCGAGCGGGGACCAGACGGCGGAUCGGGACCCCGACUCCAACCGGGACCCCGACUCCAACCGGGACUCGUGCAACUCCGAGGACACCCAGAGCCGGGGAGCAAUAGCCGGGAUGGCCACGGUCGAGUCGCAGCCCGCGUCGUCGCGAUCUCCGUCGUCGUCGUUGUUGUCGUCGUCUUCCUCAUCAUCAUCUUCGUCGGCCUCAUCGUCGUCAACGUCGUCAACAUCUGCAGGCGCUGUUGAGGGCGCCGGCCGUGCUGACGCCGUCUCGUCGCCGCCGCCGUCUGCCUUCGUUCCCCGGGGCUCCCCUCCUUCGCCUGCUCCCCUCCUCGCCGCCGCCGCUGCCGCCGUGCCCAACCACGGCCCUCGGCCUUCGGCAGGGAUCCGAUUCCGAGACCCCAUGACCCUGGAGAGGCUAAACCUCAUGAACAUGGCCAAGCUGAGCAUCAAAAGCCUGAUUGAGGCGGCGUUGGCACUUGGCAGGAGCCUCGACUCGGACUACGCGCCACUCCAGCAGUUCUUCGUCAUCUUGGAGCACUGCCUGAAGCACGGCCUCAAAGUGAAGAAAUCUUUCCUGGGCCAGAGCAAGUCCUUCUGGGGGCCCCUGGAGCUGGUGGAGAGGCUCUGCCCUGAAGCGGCCGAGAUCGCCGUCAGCGUCCGUGACCUCCCCGGGUUAAAGACUCCAGUCGGCAGGGGCCGGGCGUGGCUGCGACUCGCCCUCAUGCAGAAAACGCUCUCCGACUACAUGAAGGCUCUCGUCGCGCGCAAGGACUUGCUCAGUGAGUUUUACGAGCCUGGUUCACUGAUGCUGGAGGAGGAAGGAGCGGUGAUAUCGGGGAUGAUGGUCGGACUCAACGUCCUUGAUGCCAACCUGUGUAUGAAGGGAGAGGACCUUGACACACAGGUGGGGAUUAUAGAUUUCACCAUGUAUCUGAAAGAUGGAUCAAGCAGCGAUGAUAAUGGAAACGCCAACAUGACUGCCGUGCUGGAUCAGAAAAACUACCUGGAGGAGCUGAACAGGGGAUUGAACGUCUCCUUGGGAAACCUGCAGUUGAAAGUGGAAAUCCUGGAGAAAGUCAACAAGACCAUGGUGGAGGAGCUCGCCGCGGUGAAGCGUAACGAGUCGGAGCUGAGGACCGAGGCGGAGAAGCUGCGCUCGGAGAACGCCACGCUCGUGGAGAGCACGCACCGCAAAAUGGAGGCAGUACGAGUGGACAUGGACACGGAGCUGCAGACGUACCGGCACUCGCGCCAGGGUCUGGACGAGCUGUACAGCGAGGCUCGCAAGCAGCUUCGCGAGGAGUCCCAGCUGCGCCUGGAGGUGGAGAACGAGUUGGAGCUCCAGAUCUCCAUGAAGCAGGAGAUGGAGAUGGCCAUGCGUCUGCUGGAGAAGGACGUGCACGAGAAGCAGGACGCCCUCGUUUCGCUGCGCGAACAGCUGCAGGAGGUCAAGGACAUCAACAUGGACAUCUCGCACAAAGCGCAGAGUGCGGAGACGCUGCUCAAGCAGAAGAUGGAAGGCGUCCGUGGUCUGGAGGAGAGGAACGGACAAAUGACCGCGACCGUCAAACAGCUGGAGCAGAAGCUGCGUCAGAGUGAGCGGGAGAGACAGACGGCAGAGGAGGAUGGGCGGAGGUUCCGGCAGGACUUCGGAGAGAAGAUCGGAGGCCUGCAGAGACAGUUGGAUGAGAGAGACAAGCAGCGGGCCCAGUUGGAGGCCGACCUCAAGAUCGAGCGCGAGUGGCGGCAGGCCCUGCAGAAGGAGCUCCAGCGGGAGAAGGAGGCGGCGGCGACGCUGCAGGCCGAGCUGCGAACCUUGCAGGGCGUCAAGCAGGAGCUGCAGAGGAGCCAGGAGGAGAACCGGAGGCUCAAGGGCGCGUUGGACGAGCAGGAGCAGACCCUGCAGGAGCUCGGAGGAAAGCUGAGCGAGUACGACGGAUCAAAGUUGAAGAUGGAAGACAUCAAGGAGGUUAACAAGGCACUUCAGGGUCAGGUGUGGCUGAAGGACCAGGACGCCACGAACUGCAAGCUCUGCGAAAAGGAAUUCUCCAUCUCUCGGCGCAAGCACCACUGUCGGAACUGCGGGGAGAUCUUCUGCAACUCGUGCUCGGACAACGAGCUGCCCCUGCCGUCGUCCCCGAAGCCGGUGCGAGUGUGCGACCUGUGCCACGCGCUGCUCCUGCAGAGAUACUCGUCAGGCGCCGUCUGAGCUCCCGCACACGCACACGCAUGCACGUACGUACGCACGCGCCCACGUGCACACAUGCCAUACGCAUACACACAACCGCAGUCGGUGAUCUAUCCCUCCGCUUAGCGGCACGCUGCUAGGUAGUGCUGGUCGUCCGGGGCAUACGUAUCGAACGAGCGUGUACGUACAUCGGUGUCGCGGCGUCGUGCGGUCGCCUCUGUCGCUGAGGCGAUCGGAUCCGGCUGAGUUUACCACCUGGAUUCACUAAUUUUAAACCGAUUCUUAGACUCGCGAGAACACGCAACGGUGCAGCAUGGUUGGCAUUCGCCGCCCCGGUGUAAGGUAUUUGGCUGCUCUAAGUAUUUAGAAUAUUUGGCUGCUAUAAAUGUCCACGUGAUAAGCCACUUCGUUGAGCUAUCAUUUGUGGCCAGGUCGCUUCUAAAAAUAAGCUGUAUAGCUCACUGGGCCUUAUCUGGUAAAAUAUAAAUAGUUUUUUGUAAUAGUUUUUAGGAAUGAAACUGGGGCCAAUUUCCCUUUCACUUUGUAGCCCGGAACCUGGGCCUCGGUGCAGUUGCACCACCUACCUACACACUCGCGAUAGCGAGUUAUUUAUCAGCGGUGUGCGUAAAUUGGCUCACGUCACCCCAUCAAAGCUACCUAGAGGCUUGUUGCUACCUUCACCGCCGUUGGCAAAAUAAAUGUAUGUUCGGAUAUGACCAUGAACCCGAAAAUUGAUAAUUCUCCGAAUUGCGAGCGAGACAAACAGUUACGUGUCCGUGUACAAGUAAACGGUUGAGGCAGGUUCUGUUAAGUCAGCGGUUUGCUGGUUCGAAAGAGCGUGGGGAAGGUGUUUACAACCCGAAGCCAAUGGUGGAAAUUCCACAUUGCUAUGGCAGGUGUGAGUGAAGCUUUUGUACAACCACUGUUGACUUUACACAAAUUGAUAUCCAUUGAACAGGAUUUAAUCUCGCUCUAACUGCGGCCCCAGGUCUUCCGGGUUGUAAGGUCGUGCGAGCCACUGCACCACUGCUCCCGACGCACAGCAGCUGCCAUUCGCCACCAAGUGGCGUUGAAGUCACAAUAAUGGGAUUUGUGCCAGGCUUGAGGGCACUUUGAGGCCACCUGAAGUGACAGAGGCCUACUGGUGGUAGAUAGCUCAUGGGACAAUCCAGGUUGUUAUGGGCUUCCGUGACUGGCAGAUGCACCAAAUAGAAUCCCAACUACACACACACACAUCUACAUGUAUGCACAAGAGCUAAGCAGUGCUGCAGCUGAGCUGUGGCUGUUAACACUGCUGGCAUUAGUCCUAGCGCAUUAAACUAAGGUGCCAAUGACGUUAGUGUUUGUGCCCACACUCGGGUCGCCACCUCUGAAUUACAGGAAAUUGACGGCAUAUCCCGGCAAGAAUGUCUCACAUACAUACAGAGGGGAGAACUGCACUUAAAUGUAAUGCCUUGGGUGCUGUAUUUUUACUCAACUGACACUGGGGUCUCUUUUUUCACUUCCUGGGAAGACCACAGAUCAAAAUACCAGAAAUCUCACAGAUGUACCAGGACAACUCCCCGAUACUGACGUCCUGGGAAAAUCGGGACAGGGUGGAGGAGCUCUUUGCUUUUUUUGUUGUUCUUAUCGUUCAUCUCUCGCCUCUGCACAAAUGAGGGGUAUAGUUGGGAGUCCCAGGACGUGGUCUCCUUCCUUGGUCCCGGCCGCUAGCCGCGGUGGGUGGGUGGGUCGGGCGGAUGAGGGUUAAUUUGAAUCCGCAGAGCCCCUCUCGAGCGCGUGCCGUGCACGCAACGUUCAGCCAAUGGUUAUCGUCCGCGUUCUCCGCGUUACUGACGCCGCUGCGUUUUGAAACUCGCGCGACAAGGAAGUCCACUCCACGGGUGCGCUUACAACCGCUGCUGCUGCUGCUGCUACUACUGCUGGCAUUAUUGCACGCGCGGUCAUUUUGGCGCGAUUAAAGAUGCAACCUUGCCAACAAACGGGUGUUUUUUUUUUUAAAGUCCGAAUCAGAAUCUUUAUCUUGGAGGAAUCCGAUGAGCUAUGAAGCUCAAAUUCACAGAUGUCCAGCAGGGGCUGGGUCAGCAAGUUACAAUAAAUACGAUGUGUACAUAAUCUGAUAAGGCAUGUAUACAAUCGAAAUACCUGGCAGCGAGCCGUGCAUACGAGUAUUGUUUGCGAUGCCGAUUAUAGGUGGUGUAGAUUUAGGCAAAGAUAAUUAAUACAAGUGUACGUGUGGGAAGAAGAAGAAAACGAUCCAAAUGAGAUGGUAAAAAUAUUCUCGGACCAGGACCCCAAAUCCCUGAUGAUGAAAUUCUCUGGGGAAUCAUUGCACGGCUGGUUUCCAGACUGUUCGCAGGCUGACACUGUUUAUGAAGCUUUGUUCUUGAGGUUGACCUUGGAAUGACUUUUCAGGUACACUCGAAUGACAGUCACUCCACACCGAUUUUCAUACACCAAUGCAGUCGCGAGCUAAAAAAAGUUACAGCAGUCACUCUGCAGUGAUAUCAUUGGACGGGACAUGCGAAGGUGAAGUCUUUUUUUCUUCUCCAUUAACCAAGCUCCAUACUCGUACAGCACAGCCCACACACCGAUGCGUAAAUAAAAACAAGAGCCGUUUUAGUUUUUUUAGGUUGCGUGUUUGUGUAGGCAUGGGCGAGUAACAGCAAAGCGCAAAAUUGCAAUCUCAAAACGCCGUAGAAAUUGCAACGCGCAGUUGUCGUACGGAGGCGCGGGCAAGCGGGAAGGCAACCCGACGGAACCUGUGCCAACAAUUUGCCUGACCUCUGUGAUCCUAUAUUGAGAUGCUGGCCAACGCCAUGAAUGUCGGUUCUGUUAGGAGUAUCUGGGGACUCCCGACAGCCGUGUCUCCACUUGCCUAUGCUUACAAACGGCAGUCCCAGCUGUGGUGGGGGGGGGGGGGGCGGAGUGUUUGCGAUGGGAGUGCCUUGGUUGCACCGCUAUGCUUAAAGCGCGGGGUCAAAUGACAACUGAUUUUCCGCACGCUGAAGCCAAUGAAUGCAAGUCGUUGGGCCCGAAAAACAAUGAAUCUGAAUUGUCAAUACAAAUCGGGAGUGCUUUUAUUAUACAAAUAAAUAUAAGAAUCUAUUUAAUAUAUAAUACGAUUUAAAAUGUGUAUUUUAAUAUUCUAUAGUGUAUAUGGUAAUUUAUCCACUGCUGGAUGACAGCCUCCCCAGACAACAGCAGUCAUGAAAUUGUUUGACCAUACUUCACCAUGCUGGUCAGUGCGAGAUGGCGGAUUAGUACCAGUUCAUGUAAUAUCACUCACCACCAUAGUGAGCUGUGGGCUGUGAUUGAAGCCUGGUAUGCAGCAUACCAGAGCAGCCCCAAACCGUGCCCCCAACUUAUACUGAAAUAAAAACUAUUCACCAAGAACAAAGUAAAACACGUGAUUAUAAUUGUACACGUUACCAAUAUGAAAUGGAAAAGCUAAUUCGUGCUGUGGCGUAUUUGCAUGCGAGGCAGUUUAACGUUCAUUGGCUUCAGCAGUGUAGCGGGUGAGAGGACUUGUAAAACAUAUUUUUAUAUGUGUAUAAACGAAAUGUUUAUUUUACAGCAUGCCAGGUCGAGGCUACGUGUGCCGAUGCAGCCGUUUACCGCGUCGAUGCUGACCCAAAUGAGAUUUUGUCCAGAGCUGUAUUUUUUAUUCGGAACGUCAACAUUUUACAGAAGUCAAAACAUCAACUCAUGUCACCCGGUUGUGAAUAAAGCUGCUUGACAAUUCACACCUGUAA